CCUCCGCCGACGAGACGGAGGUUGGGCUCGGCCGCCUCCGGGAAGCGGCGCGGUGAGGCAGGAGAUGGGGAGGGGCCGCAGUCCCACCGGCCCAGCUGAAGCAGCCGGCCCGAGUCGCGAUCCGGGGCAGAGGCAGGUGUGACAGGAAAGGCCAAGAGGCUGCCAUCGUGGGCACAGCAGUAGCUGCCGUGGAUAGGCGGGGGAGAGAGCUUGUCGAGGUGCAUGGCUUGGGGAGGCGGAAUGAAGACAAUCCCCCACCUGCAGGUGUCAGGGAAGGCACUCCUUGUUGGGAUUGGCCUCCGCCACAGUGCCAAGCGGGAUCGCAAGUCCAUCACCCUGCACAUGAAGUUGGAGGUGCUUCGGAGGUUUGAGGAGGGUGAGAAGCUGACACAGAUUGCCCGGGCCCUGGGGCUGGCCACCUCCACCGUCGCUUCUAUCCGUGUCAACAAGGACAAGAUCCGUGCCAAUUCUCAGGCAGCCACACCUGUCAGUGCCAUGCAGCUGAUCCGCUGCCGAGGUGUGGUGAUGGGCCACAUGGAACGCUUGCUGAGCCUGUGGAUUGAGGAGCAGAAGCGGCAGAAUCUGCCUGUCAGCACACUGCUCAUCCAGGACAAAGCGCGUCGGCUCUUUGCGCAGCUGCAGCACGAGCAGGGUGAUGGCACCCAGGUCGAGACUUUUGGGGCCAGCAAUGGGUGGUUUGCCCGUUUCAAGGUGCGCCACAAUGUGCUGCUGACAGAUGAGCCUGCUGUGGCUGAUGCCCAGGCUGCAGCCCGCUACCUCCCAGUGCUGCGUACAGUUCUGGAGGAGGGCCAAUACUCACCAUGCCAAGUCUUCAACGUGGAUGAGACGGGCCUGUUCUGGAAGCGGCUGCCUGCGCGCAUGCUGCUGACACUGGAGGGGGCAACUGGGCCUGGGCCCAAGGCCUCUAAGGACCACCUGACCCUGCUGCUUGGCGGCAAUGCGGCCGGCGACUUCAAGCUGAAGCCCCUGCUGGUAUACCCCUCAGAGAACCCACAUGCCCUCAGGGGCUGCUCCAAGUCCAGCCUGCCUGUGGUCUGGCGGUCCAACCGCAACGACUGGCUGAUGCCCAGCAUCUUCCAGGAGUGGUUUACUGGCUGCUUCUGCCCUGCUGUGGAGAGCCACUGCACCAGCCACGGCCUCCCGCACCGUGCCCUGCUGCUCCUGGAUGGUGCGCCCUGCCACCCUGCCCACCUGGGUAGCCUCUCGGCCCAUGUGCGUGUGGAGUUCCUGCCUAACAACACGUCGGCCCUGAUCCAGCCCAUGAACCAGGGCAUCAUCGCCGCCUUCAAGGCCCAUUAUCUGCGCCGCACACUCAGCCAGCUGGUCCAGGAGACAGCUGGUGAGGACCAGCCUUGUGUGCGGGAGUUCUGGCGCAGCUAUACUGUCAUAACUGCCUUAGACAACAUUGCCGAGGCGUGGGCAGAGCUGCAGCCUGCCACCAUGAACAGUGCCUGGAGGAAGCUCUGGCCCGAGUGUGUGCCUGCCAGUGCCCCCGAGCCUGAUGCUGUGCCCCAGCUCCGCCGCAGCAUCGUGGCACUAGCCAGCCACGUGGGCCUAGGGGACGUGGCUGAGGCUGAUGUCACCCGCCUGCUGCAGGCUCAUGGGGAGCCCCCGCCCCGGGGCAUCCCCCAGGAUGCAGAGGAUGGGGACCCCAGUGCCUCUGAGCUGCCCUGGGAGGCGGGGAAAGGCCUGGCCUCCAGAAGACCAGAGGCAGAUCUUACAGAGGCUGUGGUGGGUGCAGGGACUGAGGAGGAAGCCGGUGUGGGUGCCCUGAGCCCCGAGCACCUGGCCCAGGCCCUGUCCCACUUUGCUGCUGGCCUGCGGGUCCUCACAGAGAAUGAUCCCAACCGGGAGCGCAGCCUGUGGGUGUCCCGGGGUGUCCACUGUGCCCUCGCCCGCCUCCGGGAGCUGCACCGGGAAAGGAGGCGACAGGAUCGGGCACCUGCCCCCUCUGGAGGCCCCGUGGUGGUGGUGGCAGCGACAAGGGAGUUGGCAGGAAGCCUGCACUCACCCCAAGUGGGGCCCACGGGGUGGGCGAGUGGCUAAGAGUACAGGUGCUGAAGGACUGACCUCUGUGGUUGUCCUGCAUGAUUUGGGGCUUGGGCCUGACCUCAGAUGAGCCGUUCUGAUGACAUUUUGUUUCUGGAGGGCAGAAACUGCCACUUCUCCCCCAUGGUUCUCAUGUCUCACACCCUGCAGUCUUUGUACGGUGACACAUACAGCGCCAGGCUUGGGGAACAGGAGGGUGGUGGUCUCUGAUUUGCAGAUGAGCUGCAGGGCCCAGGAGUGCUCACCCAUGCUGGAGACACGCCAUAUAGCACAGUAGUUGCCCAGCACAGCCCACCAGGGUGGCCUUCCUUGAGAGGUGUCAACCAUAAAUAAAAUAAUUGGCACAUUAUUAAAGUUGAUUUUAUUCGGGAAUAGCAGAGGAACUGCAAUUCAGGACAAGCAAACUGGUGAACCAUAGGCAAGUCUGAAGAGAGGGAAGGUUGGGCUGGCCCCGUGGCUUAGCGGUUAAGUGCGCGCACUCUGCUACUGGC